GGGCGCCGCCGAGCCUCAGUGCGAGCCGCCAUUUUGGUUUGACUGCUACUCGGCGCUAAAUAUUUUCGGGCGCGGACGCCGAACGCGGCGCGGCGAUGGACGGCUGAUUUGACCCCGGCAGCGCAGCAGGAAGCUUGAGCAGUGCUUGGGGCAGGAGAAACAUGUGAGAAGGAGCGCGGGCGAGGGAGUGUCGGGCGGGAAGUGCGAGGCCGCGGCGGAGGGAAGCUGCGGGCUGGCUGUGAAAUCGCACCAAGGAGAUGUCCGCCUCGCCACGGCCGCGAUUCCCCCGGCGAUCCGUGGCUGGCGGCCGCCCCCAGCGUCGCUAGAGCAGCCUAGAGUCGUGACGAUGCCCUGCCCGGGGCGCGGGCACGCCAGAGACACGCCACGCAGCGCAAAAGCGCAGUGCUUGGAGGGCCCCGGGUCCGCGUCGAGCAGCGCGUCGUAAACAAGGACGCCAUGGCCGAGCAGCAGCUGGGCAGCGAGCCGCCCAACAAGCGGGCCAAGAUCGACCCCUUCCAGGCCUCCGACCCCACCGAGGUCGCGGCGAUGCUGGAAAAUGCCCUGCCAGAUGACUUGAUGUGGGGAGGAGACUCUCAGGGCUCUGGCGGAGGUGGUGGGGGGGUCAAUGGCAUGAUGGAUGGAGGGGCUGGCGGAGGGGGUGCUGGGCCGGGCGAACGACCCCAGCAGUUGACCCACCUCCUCCAAGCCAAGAACACCCCCCAAUCCAUGGCCGGCAACAACACCAUGACCGCUGGGCCGCAUAGCAUGGCCAACCAAAGCAAUAUGAUCGUCAAUGCAUUAGCCAAUUCCAAAAGUCCGCAUGGGGCGAUGCAGUCUCCCCAGAACACUAAUAUGAACAUGACUGGCGUUCCGACGUCAAGCCAACAACUAGGUAUGAACGAUAAUGUUAAUAAUUUGAACAGUAUGCCCAAUAGUAUAGCCAAUUCGAUGGCGGGCAGUGUGUCAGGAAGUAUGUCCAUGACUUUAGCCUCAAGUGGCUCUUCCAUGAACCUAGUGAAUACCAAUGCGACAAUGGGCAUGAACAGUAUGGCAAAUAGUGGUGGCAUGACGGCAGGCAUGAAUACAGUGACAAACAUUAAUAGUAUGAACACUAUGAACUCCAUGAACAAACCUCAAGGUGUUGUCAGUGGAAUGACCAUGAAUGCCCCGAUGGGAUCCCAGAUGAAUGACGGGAUGCCCAACGGGCCCCUGCCGGGAAUGAACCGGCCCAUGGUGCCCAGCCUCAGAGGGCCAUCCCCGCAACCUAUUGGCGGGGGGCCACAGGGCAUGGGUCCGCGCCACCCCUCCAUGGGCCCAACUCACGUAGGACCCAGAUUGCAGGUACACCAUGGCACAUAUUUGGGCCUGUCCACCCUCAGAGGGAGAUGACUACAUCUUCCACUGUCAUCCUCCUGACCAGAAAAUCCCGAAGCCAAAGCGGUUGCAGGAGUGGUACAAGAAAAUGCUGGACAAGGGCAUCAUUGAGAGAAUAGUGUUGGACUACAAGGACAUUCACAAACAGGCCUUUGAGGACAACUUAAAGUCUCCUGCAGAGUUACCAUACUUUGAGGGUGACUUCUGGCCCAAUGUGAUGGAGGAGAGCAUAAAGGAGCUGGACCAGGAGGAGGAGGAGAAGCGAAAGCAGGAGGAGGCGGCAGCAGCAGAGGCCGCAGCACAGGCUGCUAUGGGCGUGGAGGAAGAGGAGGAAACCAGUCAGGAUGGCAAAAAGAAGGGGCAGAAGAAACACAAAAACAAGAACAAAAGUAAAAGCCAACAGAAGAACAAGUCGAAGAGCAAGAAUAAUGCAGCAGGCUGCAAUGAUCUUGCUCAGAAGAUAUUUGUCACAAUGGAGAAACACAAAGAUGUUUUCUUUGUCAUUAGACUACACAGUGCUCAGUCUGCUGUGAGUUUACCCCCCAUCCAGGACCCUGACCCUAUUAUGGUAUGUGAUCUCAUGGAUGGCAGAGAUGCCUUCCUCACCUUAGCCAGUGAACGCCACCUAGAGUUCUCUUCCUUGCGUCGCGCCAAGUACUCCACCAUGAUCAUGAUGUACGAGCUGCAUAACCAGGGACAGGACCGUUUCGUGUACACUUGCAACCAUUGCAAGACUCAUGUGGAGACACGCUACCACUGCCAGGAGUGCGACGACUUCGACCUGUGCACAUCGUGCUUCAAGUCGGAGGGCCACCCUCACAAGAUGAUCAAGCUGGGUCUGGAUCUGGAGGAUGGCGUGUCCACAGAGAGCAAGAACCUGAACCCUCAGGAAGCCCGCAAACAGUCCAUACAACGGUGCAUCCAGUCCCUGGUGCAUGCUUCUCAGUGCAGAGAUGCCAACUGCAGGCUCCCAUCUUGCCAGAAGAUGAAGCGUGUCUUGUCCCACACCAAGUCAUGCAAAAAGAAGAAUAAUGGUGGAUGUGCAAUUUGUAAGCAGCUCAUUGCCCUGUGCUGCUACCAUGCCAGAAACUGCAAGGAGCAGAGAUGUGUUGUGCCGUACUGCUCCAACAUCAAGCAGAAGUUGCGCCAGCAGGAGAUGCAACAGAGGUUCCAGCAGCAGCAGCUGAUGAAGAGAAGAAUGCAGCAAAUGAAUGCCCGCAUGAUCAGCUGUGGCAACCCUCAACAAGCAGCUUCGACUCCACAACCAGUCCAGAGUCCCAUCCACACGUCACAGCCCAGCGUGAAGCCUUCUGCACAGGGCCCUUCGCCCAAUGUUAUGAAGGCCAUCGCACAGGUUCAGGAAGAGGCAGCCAGGCAGACGGGGCCAGCCACAGCCGUGAGUUAUGGGAAGGGCAACCCAGGCAACGGUGCAGUGUCGCAGGCCCCCAUGAUGCCUCCCCCUAUCACCCCACAGCAGCAGGUGCGGCCUGCAAUCCCAGUCAACACAAUGGCUCCCAUCACCAGUAUGGGGCCACAGGUGUCCCAGAUGAACUCAAUGGGGAAACCCAAUGCCAUCAUGCAGCAGCAGCAGCACCAGCAACAGCAGCACCAGCAGCAGCAACAACAGCAGCAACAGCAACAGCAGCAGCAACAGCAGCAACAGCAGCAGGCACCACAACAGAACAGAGCUCUGCCGGGAAUGGAGAUGUGGAACAGGUACCCCAACCCUGGAGGCAUGCCAGGGCAGCCCCAGCAGGGCCAGGCGGGUGGCAUCAGACCAGGCAUGAUGGCCCAGCCCAACCAGGUAGCCCAGCACAGUGGUGCCCCUGGCCCACCCCCUGUCAUGGGUCCUCCUGGGCAGCCGGGCCAGCCUGGGCAGCCUGGUACGCAGCCACAGAGGAACGCCACCCAGGCUCUGCAGCAGCUCCUUCAGACACUGAAGAACCCAUCAAGCCAGCACCAGCAGUCAGAGGUCCUACAUAUACUCAAAACACACCCUCAGCUGAUGGCAGCUUUCAUCAGACAUCGUCAGAUUCAGCAGCAGAGUCAGCAGCCCCCACAACCAAAUCCUCAGCAACCCCCUCAGCAGCCCCCACAGGGACCAGGUGGCCAGCCCGGCAUGAUCGCUCCAUGCGGGAGCAUGCCUGGGACUGUUCAAGGCUCCAUGCAGCCCACGGGGAUGCAACCUACGGGCAUGCAACCCACGGGAAUGCAAUCCAACAUCCAGCCUGGGAACAUGCAGGGUGGCAUCGUGAACCAAAUGGGCACCAACCCACCCAUGCAGGGACAGCAGCAGCCCAUGGGCGUUCCUCCCACCCAGAGCAACAUGUCCCAUCAACAGCAGUGGUACCAACAACAAAAAAUAUUUCAGAUAAGGCAGCAGCAGCAACAACAACAGCAACAGCAGCAGCAGCAAUCUCAGCAACCAGGGGGCUUCCAGCAGCCACAGGCACCCAUGGGGUAUCCCCAGAGACGGCAAAUGAACUUCCCUCAGCAGCAUAAUUUCCAGGGUGGCGAUGGCCAGUUCGGCCAGGGUUUCCCGCAGCAACAGCAGCAGCAGCAGAUGUUGAUGCAGCAGCAGCAGAUGAAGCCGGUGCCGCCUUCGAUGUCGCCCCAGACCGUGGCGCCUGGCAUGAUGCCGCCGGGGUCCGCCAUGACCAACCCGUCCCCACAGCAGCUGAUGCAGACGGUGACGUCCCCUCCCCCCAGCAACCUUCACCAGACGGUGCGGUCACCGCAGCCUAACCCGUCGCCCCGCAACCACGGUCCCAUCCCGUCCCCGCGUGCCGGGCCAGUGCCGUCGCCGCACCACCCUGCGCCCGUGCACUCGCCACACCCGGGCAGCCAGCAGGGCCCUACCAUGGGGGCCAGCGGCACCCCCGGGGACUCCAUGAUGCUGUCGCAGCUGGGGCCGGGCAGCGGGCACCAAGGUCACCAAGCACUGCCACCCUUGCAGCCUGCCAACAACCAACAAAUGGGGGGCAUGGUGGCGACCUCUGAGGCCGAUGUAACUCCUCAAGACAAACUCACAAAGUUUGUUGAGACAUUAUAGUACCAGUGUGCUACUUAGCCCUUGUAGAUAGUCUCUUGUAAAUAUUUUGUAUGUAAGUCUCUGAUUCUCAUACAGACUACAAAUUGUGAUUGUUAUUUUUGCAGUGCUUUAUAUCUGCAAAACAGGAAAGAUAUUAUGCUUCCUUGAAGCAAAACCAGAGGACAUACUGCAGACCCCGAGCUGAAAACUCAUGCCAAUUCCUUAAAAGACAAUUUAAUUGCCCUCUGCGGGGCCUCUAGGCUUAUGGAAGAUUAAGAAAAUGAACUCGGUAUGAAAGUUACAAAAAGGAGAUUGUCUUGAAAAUUUUUUAUUACAGUAACUUUGUACAACUUUGCAUUAGUCAUUAAUUUUGGGCAGUUGCUGUCUUGUUUAUAAUUUGAAGAGUGCAAAUAGGUCUUUGCCAAGGUAUUAGCUAGACAUGUUUGGUGCAUUCUAGCUUGCUGAAAUACUAGAGCAGGAUGUACUGAGGAGAUUGUGCCUGUACAUUUCUGCACAAUAAAUGAUGAAAGAGUAAAAAUGUAAUGGUUUUGUUAUGCCCCUGCCCCCCCUAUACCCCAGCUGCAGAACACAGUGCGGGCACAACCUCAACAGUGACCUCCCUCAUCUUUGACAUUCCCUGUAGGUAACGCACUUGUCCGGGAGGUCCGCUGUCUCUGCCGGUGCUGUCUGUCGCGGCAGCUCAGGGGAGAGGGCAGUAGGGGGAAAGUGUUCACAUGCAGCGGACCCGAGCGAAAGCUGCUGCUGCUGCUGCUACCACCACCGUCACCCCCCUGUGUAAAAAAAAAAAGAAAGAAAAGUUGGUAGCAGUGCCCACUGGCGCCCCGAGCACGCCGCCCGGCCAGCAGCCGCGAGGGGCGUCGAGUGGGCCGCCCUUGAGGGAGGGUGUGUGGGCGGAGGAAGCCGCAGCCAGUUCUCCUCUCGUCACGUCGCCUCACCCACCUGUCCUCUAUACAGUUCUUUAAUUUAUUUCUCUUUAAAGAUUGAUAAGUUUGUUUUCACAUUUUCCAACGCUCAACGUGAUGUAUGUAUGUAAAUUGUUGAUUGUAUUGUCUACCAACACCUGCUCAUUGGAAGUUCCCGUUCUCGUCCUGUACAAUGUAUUUUAAUGGGCAUAUUAAAUUUUUUAACUGUCUGGUCCCCCACUUUGUUAUGUUUAAUGUUGACCAAUGAGGAAGUGUUGAACAGAGGAUUUGAUUAUUUUAUAAUAAAUAUAUGACGAAUU